UUAUUCAACAUUUAUUGUUAUUCUUUUCUUCCUCUUCUGUUUCUGCUUCUUCUGGCUAUAGGUUGUCUAGGGCAGUCCAUAGAACCGUCUGGUAAAAUGUUGUGAAAUCUUUCACACUGAUUGGGGACGGUCUGAGGAACAUUUUGACCAAAUUUGGCCCAAAUGCUUCCAACACUCUAGCGCCACCAUUGGGUUAAAUUUGGAGCUAACUUGAAGUAUGUAUAUGGCCAUAACUUUUGAACCGUGUGUCCAAAAUGUAAAAGCCUCUCUGGAUUCCUUGGGUCAAGACAAGUUCAACACGGCCAUCACGUCAAUUUCCUCCUAUGAAUUUUGUCCAAUUGUCAUGAAAUUUGGCAAACUUCAUCUUCUAUGUAAGGCUCACAAAAGUCGGCAAAAGAAUUUUCAAUAUUCCAAAUGUCCAUAAUGGACCAGUGACCAAGAAGUUUUCGUUUUUUCAAAUUGUGUAUUUUAACAAAAUCAGACACGAGAUAAGCUGUUCUAUUUCACUUCAAUAAGCCAUGUUGUAUAAGAAGGCAGGUCUGUGGAGUGAUUUAUGGGAAUGUGGGUGUCACUGAGUCCAGGGCUCUUGACUAUAACCUGCCUGAGGCUCCAAAGAAUGCGGGCUUUGGAUAUACAAACCUCAUUAGGUUGUGAGAAUAAAGAAUGUGAAAUUAAGUGUGACUCUGUGUUCUUUCUGUUGGCCCAUUCAUCACAGAAAGACAAAACCAUACAAGGAAUUGAGAAAGAGAAGAGGUUGUAUCUGAUAUUCUUCAAGGUGCAGUAAUGCCAAAGUACCAUUUUGGGCAGCAUCAUUUCUCAGUAAAACUCCCUCAGUUAGGGUAGUCUUCGGACACCGGUUUCUGAACCUGCACAUCUGGAAAAUACAGCAAUUGGUGGAAAUAGUUACAGUGUUGACAAAUUCCAAGGACAAAAACCAGAUGGCGCUGUUGAGUGCUCUGUGGUUCUCGGUUCUGCUGCUGCAACACUUCGAGCUCCGUCUGAGUGCUGGAGCUGAGACUCUCAGCUGUCCUGCACUGGCUGGAGUCCCGGGUUCUCCAGGACACAAUGGCCUUCCUGGACGAGAUGGAAGAGACGGACAUCCUGGACCUAAAGGAGACAAGGGAGAGUUGGGUCUGAGUGUGCAGGGACCUCCAGGUAAAAUAGGACCAGAAGGUCCAACAGGUCCAGCAGGACUUAAGGGACAGAAAGGAGAUCCAGGUAUCAUGGCCAAAGUGGCGUUCUCAGCCACACUGUCUACCCUUACAUCUGGCUCUAGAAAUAUCGGACCGUACUCAGAACGUCGGACUCUAGUGUACGAAAAUGCUUUGACGAACGUCGGCAACGCUUACAACCCCAAAACAGGUAUCUUCACAGCGCCUGUAAAAGGAGUGUACUACUUUAGUAUUGUCCUCUUCAACGCGUUUGAUAACUCAACCGGCCUGUCCCUGAUGAAGAACGGAGAAGCGAUUGUUUCAGUCUCCGAUAACCCGCCCAGAGCUGACACCGAGGACACAGCAGGUAACUCUGUCUCGCUGCUGCUUGAGAAAGGAGACCGGGUCUACCUGGAACUCCUGGAGAACCGGAAAGUUUAUACAGACAGAUGGAGACGCAACACAUUCAGUGGCCAUCUCCUCUUUACAAUGUAAACUUCAUCGUGAUGGAGAGCUGUUUCCCAUUUAAUAUUAGCAAUGCACCCAGUGAGUGAGGCUAGUUAGUACGUUAGCCCUGAACCACAAGUAUUAAAAAAUGUUAUGUCUUUAUUGUGACUUCAUAUCUCAAUACUUCUACACAGUCAUGUCAUUAUCAUGACUUAUCGUCGCAUUAUUUGGCCUUUACUCGUUGUUCAAGAUAUUAUGUAGUUAUUUUCAAUCAUUAGAUCAUUAUUUCAACUUAUAACUUACUGAUUCAAAAUAGCAUGUCGUUAUUUAAACUUAAUAUUUUAACUUUAUUGUAAACUCGCUCAACCAAGUGCUGGUAAGUCUUUCUAGUGAGAAAAUAUGAGGAGGUUUAUGUAACUAAAAAUUCCAACUUGUCUAUUUUUUUGGGAUGUUCACCAGUAUGCAAAGUGACUUCCCACUUUAACACGUUACUUAAUGUUAAUUAUAAACUCCUUUUUUUUAAAAACAGUUGAGUUAGAGAAAAGUUCCAAAAAGAAAAACAGGUUUCACUUUGAAAGCUCAUUGUAGGGUUUAUUACAGAAUCUUUCAUGGUUUCCACAGACAGACAGAUGGUCACUUGGGUCCAAAACUCAAUAUCUCAAAAAACAAGUCGGCUUAUAAAUAAUGUUGACUUGGAUAUAAUGUGUUCUGCAGGUGGAAAAAUCCAGGAUGAUGAAAAUCCGUGGGCAAAAUAGUAUUACACAUGUUUAAAAAAUAAACCUAAUAGUUCAAUAGUUGGACUACAGUUGAAAAAUAAAUCUGGAGUACUGAAUAAAGCAUGGGACUAUAUCAAACCUGCAGUCCUGACCACUCGACCCUGGUUUACACCAUGGUUAAAGUUCCAUUAACAUAAAAUUCCUUGCUUAUGGAGUUGAUUAACACAACUGAAUAACACGGACUACUGAACAGAUGAGACGGCUCUGUCCAUUUGUCUUUAAACAUUCUGGAUUUUAUUCAUCAACGUUUUCCUUAGACAAGCCAUCAGAACAGAGAGAGGAAAUAAAAAGAAUGAAAGUCGGAAUAAUCUCCACUUUCGGACUUAAUGUCUCUCGCAUUGUAUCUAGCAUCUGGUCAGAUGAGCUAUGUUUAUCAGCUCUACUACAGUAUUAAUUCAGUUUGCUGUAAUGUAAUGUAAUGUUAUGCGGACGUCCUCCUGUCCUCGUUACAACAGCUCCACCUUGUCUCUUAAUUUGUAACUGUUGCUAUUCACACUUAAAAACUCUCAAAACUGUGGGGGGUAUUAGAGACAAAUCAAACACAAAAGACUCUUACAAUAGUCCUGAUUUCAAUUGAUUCAUUUAUUCAUUUUAGUUGGAGAUAAACAAUGCCUAAAAAUGUAUCUACUAUUUUAUGUGCUGUACAAGAUGGCUGUCAUCAACAACACUAUACUACAUACUGUAUACUAUUACUACAUUUCUAUAGAUAUGGAAUAUAUAUAUAUAUAUAUAUAUAUAUAUAUAUAUAUAUAUAUAUAUAUAUAUAUAAUUAUAACAGGGGAAUAUAUUUCGGUUUAUUAAUAAAUAUUUAAACUGAGAGAAAAAAAAGUGGAAACAUCAUUAUAUGUACAUGUUUUGUUUUGUUUGGUUGAUUUAUUUUUUUUUCUUUCUGGAAAUGAACCUUAAAAAUGUCUACUGUGUUUAUGGUCAACUUUUAGAUUUUUAGGUAUCUGAUCCCGUGGUCCUUUGAAUCAGAUUAUUGUAGUUAAACUGAGUAUUACAUAAUCAUUAUUAUAACUCAUCGCAGUUUAUGUCAUGAAAUCCCAUAUGAAGGCAACUCAGAUUUCCAAACAGGACUGAUGAAGAAAUUAUAACAUUAAGGGUUCUGUAGCUGCAUAUUUUCCGAGCAGUUCAAAGUGCUACAAAAAAGAAAAAUUGCAUCAUAUGAUUAAUAAAAUCCAUUUCUGUUAUAAACAUAAUAUUCAUUUGUAUCUCUCUUCAACCGGAUAAAAAUGUAGAGGUAACCUGUUGUGCUGGAUUAUCUUGUGGAAGAUUUUUCCGUCCGGUUGAACCCUCCAGGACACCUUGGCCUCUGUGCCCAGCUUCUGUUUGAUCUGAGAUAAUAAUAAAAACAGUUUUUUAUUCAAGGCUGCUGUAAUAAACAUAUCUAUUUGUAGAGAAAGGAUAUUUGAUAGGGUACGGACCAAUCAGCAUGUGAAAAUAGGGGUAGCAGCGAUACAGCAGUACGUACUGUAUGUUCUGAGUUCACCAUGAGACUGAGCUAUUAGCCAUCAGGGAAGACAAGGCAGGUGAAUACACCAAAAGCACUAACUAGGGAGUGGCCAAAGGUGUGAUUUUAAUCAUUCUUUUCCCUGUAUCUUUGUAUUAUUUUCCUGUUCUCCAUAUCUGAGUACACCAAAGCUAUUUACACCACCAUACAGUAUACCGGCAGUGCUCUCCAUUGCUGGUGGCUCUCUUCCUCCAGUCCUCAUUAAACCUGAUCCAAACGAG